CUUCCUACCAGUCACGUUGACACACACAUUGUCAGUUAACUCAGUGGCAGCUGCAUUGCUUGAGUUAGUUGAGUGUGGGUGUCUGUCGCUCCCCGUAGAAUUAUAGAAGCCAGAUUCGCUACGAUAACUUGUGAGUUAUCUGUGCUUGUGGAGGAUGAAGACAAUCUCCAAGAGUUCAUCUCUCAACAUCGACUAGUUGGCAGGACGCGCAAAUGUUCAAAAUGCUGCAGAGUACUGACAGUGAAAAAGAAAUACAACCUGUAUGUGUUUCAGUGCAAAAACUGAUCACAAUCUCGCAUUCACAAAAACUGUGAAAUUACACCAUGCUGCUUCAAGAUAGUUGCUUCCAGACAUCAAAAUCCAAGAUGCCCAUUGACUUGUACUACCUCAACCUCUCACCGUACUGCCGCUCUGUACUGCUCACUGCUAGGGCAGUUGGGGUUGAACUCAACCUCAAGACAGUAAACCUGUUCGCCAAGGAGCAGCUCAAGCCAGAGUUUGUGGCCAUCAAUCCUCAACACAGUGUCCCCACCUUGGUUGAUGGUGACCUUGUGCUCUGGGAAAGUCGGCCCAUCUGCACGUACCUCAUCUCUCAGUACGGGAAGGAUGACUCCCUCUACCCAAAGGAGCCUAAAGCCAGAGCCAAGGUGGAUGCCCUUCUUCACUUUGAUAUAGGCACUCUGGCAGCCUGCUGGACUGCUAUGAUUGCACCAGUGAAGGCCAAAGAAUUGCCAAAGCCAGAACAGAAGAGCGUAGACAAGUUCCACGAGGCACUGGGUUGGUUAAAUGGCUUUUUGAGCCACAAGAAGUAUGCUGCCGAGACAGAUCACAUAACUGUUGCCGACCUCGUCCUCGUGGCCAACGUCUCCAGCUACGAGGCAGCCGGGUUCAUCAUCAACGACUACCCCAACAUUUCUGCUUGGCUGCAGCGUUGUAAACAAAACAUUGAUGGGUAUGAGGAGCUCAAUGGUGAGAGUGCCAAGAAAUUGGGAGAGUAUAUAAAGUCCAUGAUUACUGAAAAGUAAAAAUGAGGAGGACCCUGGCAUUCACUGAAGUGCCAAGAUGAUGAAAGUUAUCAUAUCUGUCAUUUCUAAAAGUUUCUGGUUUACACCUCAAAACUGGUUGGGAUUUUAGUCACUAUAAAACAUUGAGACUGUGUGAUGAGAAUGAUGCAUGAUCUACUAGUCUUUGGUUGUUUAUAUACAGUACCAAAACAUUGAGAUACUGUACAACAUUCAGUAGUCACUUUAAGUAACUUAAAAGGAUAAGGUUUAUUUCUACAAUAAAAUAUUGUAGAAAUGAAAAAAAAAGUUCAUUAUAUACAGCAGCUUUACUCUUAGCCAAGAUAAUUUUAGUGUAAGGACAUUUCUUAGGUUUCACAAAAAAUUACAAGCUUUCCUCUACUGUGUUUCUGCAACAUGUGGCCAACAAGGUAACAAGUUGACAUUUAUGUGAGAAAUUCUCAGUACAGUGUUUACAAUGUGAUAACUUGUAAUUGUUUGACAAUAAAUGGGAAAUUUUUUUAUUACUGAAGUACA